GAAAUCAGGGAGAUAGAAACUAGAAACACCAGGCACAGCACAGAGCAGACAAACAGCCAAACAGCAAAAUGGCGGCAGCGUUUAGACUUCGGCAUGCUAUAAAAAUCAGCAAAUAUCUUUCUAGGACUGUCAGUUGUAGGAAUUUUCCUGUCGAAAGAUACUACAAAACAUCUCCAGUAUUCCAAUUUGAGAACACGCGACUUCUGUCUUCUCAAGCGGCAGCUCAAAGUUCUCCAGAGUCAGAUUACCACAAUAUAAUUAAAGAUACAGAAAAAUCAACAGGUGAAGGAGCUAAACAUGAAUUCCAAUCCGAAACUCGUAUGCUACUCGAAAUUGUUGCCAAAUCUCUCUAUUCCGACAAAGAGGUCUUUGUUCGAGAAUUGAUUUCGAAUGCAAGUGAUGCUCUUGAAAAACUUAGGUAUUUGCGAGUGAGUGAAAACUUUGUAACGAGCGAUGAUGGAAGUUUGGAAAUUCACAUAGCAACAGAUAAACAAAAUCGGACUCUUACAAUCCAAGACACGGGAGUUGGUAUGACCAGAGAAGAAUUAAUUUCUAAUCUGGGUACUAUAGCACGCUCUGGCUCAAAGGCAUUUUUAGAGCAAUUGAAAAAUAAGCAAGAAUCAGCAGAUCCUUCCAAGAUUAUCGGACAAUUUGGGGUUGGAUUUUACAGUGCCUUCAUGGUUGCAGACAAGGUGGAGGUGUUCACAAAAUCACACGCCAAAGACGCGGAAGGACUGUGCUGGUCAUACGAUGGUUCAGGAUCGUACGAAAUAUCUAACGCCGAAGGAGUACAGCCUGGAACCAAAAUUGUUCUACACUUGAGACCUGACAGUCGAGAAUUCAGUGACGACGCGACAAUAAAUGGAAUUAUUAAGAAAUAUAGCAACUUUGUGGGCAGUCCAAUUUUCGUUAAUGGUAAAAGGGUCAACGUUAUUCAGCCAUUGUGGAUGCUCGACCCCAAAGAAGUAACGCCGGAUCAACAUAUAGAAUUUUAUCGGUACAUUGGUAACUGUUACGAUGUACCAAGAUUUACGCUACAUUAUUCGACCGACGUACCGUUGAGUAUCAGAGCUCUUUUAUACUUCCCUGAACAAAAACCAGCACUCUUUGAAAUGAGCAGAGAUACAUCGGUAGGAAUUUCGCUCUACAGUCGCAAAGUCCUCAUCAAUAGCAAAGCGGAUAACAUUUUGCCAAAAUGGUUGCGUUUCGUCAAAGGUGUCAUUGAUUCGGAGGAUAUACCGCUCAAUUUGAGCAGAGAAUUGCUACAGAACAGUGCUCUUAUUGCAAAGCUGAGAAACGUUUUGACCGCGCGAGUAUUGAAAUUCCUUCACGAUAAAUCUGUAAAGCAGCCUGAGGAGUUUAUCGAAUUCUACAAAGAAUAUGGGCUAUUUUUGAAAGAAGGGAUCGUAACGAGUCAAGAACAAUCGGAGAAAGAGGAAAUUGGAAAACUUUUGAGAUUCGAAUCAUCGAAGAAACCGGCCGGAGAACUCAUGAGCAUUCCUCAAUACGUCACUGGCUUAUCAGCGGAACAAAAAGACAUUUAUUACUUAGCGGCACCAAGUCGAGAACUCGCUGAACAAUCACCCUAUUACGAGUCCUUCAAGAAACGCAAUGUUGAGGUUUUAUUUUGCUACGAACCCUACGACGAAUUGGUGUUGAUGCAGUUGGGACAAUACAAUUCUCGAGCCCUUACGUCUGUAGAAAAAGAAAUGCGACAGGAUAAUGAUGCGAGCAAAGAUGAUUUUCCUUCGAUCAAUCGUGAAGAAAUAGAUCAACUCGUGGGCCACGUAAAGAAAGUUUUGUCGAACAAAGCUUAUGAAGUUAAAACGACGAAACGUCUCGAAACGCAUCCUUGUGUAAUAACGGUACAAGACAUGGCGAGCGCAAGGCAUUUCAUUCGCACACAGAGUCAUCAGUUGAACGAAGAGACUCGAUAUACUUUGUUGCAGCCACGUUUGGAAAUAAACCCAAAUCAUCCGAUAAUCAAAAAAUUAUCGAAACUCAUAACUACUGAUCCGAAGCUUGCAGAUCUUCUCAUUCAACAGUUGUUCACUGGUGCUAUGGUCGGCGCUGGACUAGUCGAAGAUCCUCGUGUUUUAUUGACAUCGAUGAACGAAUUAUUGAGCUUGGCGCUCGAAAAGCAUUAAUUACAUUCGAAGUAAGGCGUCCAAAAAACUUCUCUUAUUUGUAUAUAUUUGUCUGAAUAAAAUGUAAUUUCUAGUA